ACAGGAGGCAGAGGCUGGAAUCCUGGGCUCAGCCCUGUGGACUGCACCCAGAUGCACGGACACAGAGAUGACUGAUCCCUUUUGCGUUGGAGGAGGCCGCCGGCUCCCGGGGUCUACCAAGAGUGGACCUGGGAAGGAUGGCGGCCGGAAUGAGGUCCGACUUCCUGUGCUGCACGACCCACCAAAGUUGGGGAUGCCAGUGGUCCGGGGUGGGCCGACGGUGCCCAGCCAGGCCGCACUCUGCUUUGAUCCCGGAAGUCCAGCCAGUGACAGGACGGAAGGGAAGAAGAAGGGGCGUCCGAAAGCUGAGAACCAGGCCCUGCGAGACAUUCCUCUCUCCCUGAUGAACCAGUGGAAAGAUGAAUUCAAGGCACACUCAAGGGUAAAGUGUCCAAACUCAGGGUGCUGGUUGGAAUUCCCCAGUAUCUACGGGCUCAAGUACCAUUACCAGCGGUGCCAAGGGGGCGCUAUCCCAGAAAGGCUGACCUUUCCCUGCCCCUUCUGUGAGGCCGCUUUCACCUCCAAGACCCAGCUGGAGAAGCACCGCAUUUGGAACCACAUGGACCGACCCGUGCCUGCCCCCAAGCCUGGGCCGGUCAGCCGGCCGGUCACCAUCAGCCGCCCCGUUGGGGUCAGCAAGCCCAUCGGAGUGAGCAAACCUGUCACUAUUGGCAAACCUGUGGGUGUCAGCAAACCCAUCGGCAUCAGCAAGCCAGUGACAGUCAGCAGGCCUGUGCCGGUCACCAAGCCAGUGCCGGUCAGCAGGCCUGUGCCAGUCACCAAGGCGGUCACGGUGAGCAGGCCUGUGCCGGUCACCAAGCCCAUACCAGUCACCAAGUCUGUGCCGGUCACCAAACCUGUGCCGGUCACCAAGCCAGUGACUCUCAAUAAGCCAGUGCCAGUCACCAAGUCUGUGUCGGUUACCAAACCGGUGACCGUCAACAAACCGGUGCCGAUGACAAAGCUUGUGACAGUUACGAAAGCCGUCCCAGUCACAAAGCCGGUGACGGUCAGCAGGCCCAUUGUGGUCAGUAAGCCGGUGACGGUCAGCAGGCCCAUUGCCAUCAGCAGACACACACCACCUUGCAAAAUGGUGCUGCUGACCAAGUCUGAGAACAAAACUCCUCGUACCACAGGGAGGAGCAGCGGUAAGAAAAGGGCAGCGGACAGCCUGGACACGUGCCCCAUCCUGCCAAAGCAGGCGAGGCCGGAGAACGGGGAGUACGGCUCCUCCACCACGGGCCACAGCUCGGCCUUCCAGCUGAGCGCAGACCCCGGCGGCAGCCCCCUCUCCCUGGGCAGCAGGCCCUUGGGGAGCAAGGAGGGCCUGAGGGCCACGGGCCCCGUGUCCCCACCUGACGAGGGAGCAGAGCGUAUAAAGCACAGAAGGAAACAGAAAACACCCAAGAAGUUUACAGGGGAGCAGCCGUCCAUCUCAGGGACCUUCGGACUCAAAGGCCUGGCCAAGGCAGAGGACAAAUCCCGCAUGCACCGUGCCAAAAAGCCGGAGGGGCCGGGCCCCGAGGACGUGCGGAAGAAGGUGCUGGCUCCCGCCAGCACUGUCAGCAAGGAAGCACCGGCCCCCGCGGCCCACACAGCUCCAGGUGGCCCCGAGGAGCAGUGGCAGCGGGCCAUCCACGAACGGGGGGAGGCCGUCUGCCCCACCUGCAACGUGGUCACCCGAAAGACCCUCGUGGGGCUCAAGAAGCACAUGGAGGUUUGUCAGAAGCUGCAGGACGCUCUCAAGUGCCAGCACUGUCGGAAACAGUUCAAAUCCAAGGCGGGACUCAACUACCACACCAUGGCUGAACACAGCGCCAAGCCCUCUGACGCUGAGGCCUCGGAGGGGAGUGAACAGGAGGAGCGGGAGCGGCUGCGCAAGGUGCUGAAGCAGAUGGGGAGGCUGCGCUGCCCCCAGGAGGGCUGCGGGGCCGCCUUCUCCAGCCUCAUGGGCUACCAGUACCACCAGCGACGCUGUGGGAAGCCUCCCUGUGAGGUGGACAGCCCCUCCUUCCCCUGCACCCACUGCGGAAAGACUUACCGCUCCAAGGCCGGACACGACUACCACAUGCGCUCGGAGCACACGGCCCCGCCACCCGAGGAGCCUGAAGACAAGCCCCCCGAAACGGAGGACCUGCUGGGGGUUGAGCGGACUCCCAGUGGCCGCAUCCGCCGCACGUCGGCCCAGGUGGCCGUGUUCCACCUUCAGGAGAUUGCAGAGGAUGAACUGGCUCGAGACUGGACUAAGCGGCGGGUGAAGGAUGACCUGGUACCCGAGACUGCCCGGCUCAACUACACUCGGCCAGGCCUCCCCACGCUCAACCCCCAGCUUCUGGAAGCAUGGAAGAAUGAAGUCAAGGAGAAAGGCCAUGUCAACUGCCCCAAUGAUUGCUGUGAAGCCAUCUACUCCAGUGUGUCCGGCCUUAAGGCUCAUCUCGCCAGCUGCAGCAAGGGAGACCACCUGGUGGGGAAGUAUUGCUGUCUGCUGUGCCCGAAGGAGUUCAGCUCUGAGAGUGGCGUCAAAUAUCACAUCCUCAAGACCCAUGCGGAGAACUGGUUUCGAACUUCUGCAGACCCACUUCCCAAACAUAGGAGCCAGGACUCGCUGGCACCCAAGAAGGAGGAGAAGAAGAGCCUGGCGGGUGGGAAGAAGCGAGGCCGAAAGCCCAAGGAGCGGACCCCUGAGGAGCCUGCACCCAAGAUGCCCCCCCGUCGGGAUGACUGGCCCCCAGGAGGCAGAGACAAGGGGGCGCGGGGCUCCACUGGCCGGAAGGCGGGAGCCAGCAAGGCUCCUGAGAAGUGAGCGUGGUGGCUGGCAGGUGGGUGGGGCCCGGUCCCCACGCUGGACGCCAGGUCCACUGCUGAGGGGGGUAGCUGGCUCCAGGACCUCCUGCCCUCUGGGUCUCCACCCCACACCCACCUGUUCACCUGCCCGGUGGAGGCAGCCAGCCCCUCUCUCUUUCCCGAGGAUGGCCCUUCCCCCGUGCAGGCUGUGUAGGGCACACGUGGCGGGGUCCCUUAGGGGAGGGCCCGUGGCAGCCACAGAAGUGCAAUAGCGUGGAGGGGCGCUCACGGGCUCGGCAGGGUCUGGGGCCCUGGACGGGCAGGAGGAGGGUCUGCAGCCCAGGCCUCGGUGCCGCAGGGCAGCGCAGGGCGGGCAGGUGGCCUUCACCGUGUGAGCUCCGUGCCCCGUCUGCUUUCUCAGGCCCAAGGCUUGGGGGGUCCUUGGUGACCCGCGGUUCUGGGCUGAUGAGGGCACCUGAGCAGCCUCACCUCUCCACCCGACACUGGACCCCAGCACCCCCAGCUACCUCCCAGGACAGGCCCCGAGGCUGACUGCUGCCGUGCUGACCUGACGGCCUGCCCCACCGUGGCCUCCCUCGUCCUUCCGCCUCCGGUUCCUCUGCUUCUGUUCUCUACCUCUCCAGGCCCUCCCCCUACCUGUGCAACCCCUGCUGCGCUUGGGCUCCCGCCCGCUGGCCCCUGGGCACCAUGCUGGGUGGGGGUGGCCCUGUUAGCAGGGCACUCCGCCAUCCCACGCCCGUGGGUGCUCCCUGCCUGGGACAGGGGGAGGGUCCUGCCCUCACCUGCAGGGCUGCAGGAGGGGGGCCGGGGGCCAUGUGGAACACAGCUUUGCCCCCAGUCUCUGGCUUUGUUGCCACCACGGGUCUGGGUCGGGGCAGCCCAGUGGGUUGGGGAUGGGCCAGUCUAGGCUCCGGGGUCCACCUGGGGCCCACAGGCAUGUGGGGUGUGGACCUGGGGCCCAGCUCCGAGGAGUAACCCUGUGGGAAUCAGCCUUCCGUGUGCUGGGCUGGGUUGGCUUGUGGCUGAGCUCCCGUGGGAGCCCCCUCCCCCGUUUUACCUGCCCUUUUGUUUCUGGUUGUGUGGUCUUCUGAUCUGAGAGCUGAAGGCCAGAGAGGGGGCCUGGCCGAGGUCACAUUGUGUUGGUGGCAGCUCUGUGUUGGGCCCCGAAGGGGAUGGCUGGGUCUGCAGGUUGACCAGGGUUCGGGCUGGAGUUCAGGGCACCCAGGGGAGGUGGCCGCACUGCCUCUGGUCGCCUCCCGGGGCCCCGCCUUCCGACUUUGGCAAUGUGGGGAGGACGACGAUGCUCAGAGCCACUGGGUUUGGACAGAGGCUGGUUCCCACUGGGGGGUGGGGGGCUGAGGGCUCGGCCUUGCCGAUCCUGGACGAUGUGAAUUUUGAUAUUUGCCCGUGUGCGUGUGUCUCCUGGGUGUAGUGGAUGCCAGUCUUGUUGCUGUGACAAGUAACAACCUUUUUUUUAUUCUGUUUUUUAUACAAAAACACAACAAUCUGA